AUGGCGCCCAGACUACCACAGAAACGCAGAGCAGGAGACGAGGACUCUCCGGCUCGGAACAAUAAGCGCGGUGGAAAGAACAAGAGGGAAGUCACCUAUGACACCUAUGAGGAGGCGAUGGAUGGGGGAGUAGAUUAUGAAGAAAAGGGCGAAAGAUACAGAGACGGAGAUAGGGCUCAGCGGAAUUAUGAGCGAUCGCUGGAACUGUAUCAGCAGGCAUAUGGGAUGCAAGAGGAGUAUGACUCGGCAUACAACCAAGCGCGGGUACUCUACACAUUAGCAACGGCCUUUCUCUUGCCGCCGACUGCGGUCGACUACCUUACCAAGUCUAUCGAGCUUUACCGAAAGGCAUCGUCCCUUACUGAGUCACCCCUACUCCAGCUGGAUGCUGGCUUCAACCUCGCUCAAUCAUGUACGACUUUAGCGGACAUGCGGGAGGAGCUGGACGAGCGGGAUCCGCAGGUGCGGGCGUCGAGGGAUGAGGCGAGAACCGUAUUGGAGCAGGUGUUCCAGGGGCAGGAGGAGUACCUUUCGCAACAGGCGGAACAGCAGGAUGAGGAGGCGACAGAGGCGGCGGUAGACGAGGGCGCAGAUACGUCAGGGGAUACUCCCGCCCCCGCUUCGGACGGGAUGGAGGUGGAAGGAGGGGAAGACGAAGCAACAUAUGAGCUACACCUCCCCACUCCCUCAUCCAUCAUGGACACCAUGUUCGCCCUCGUCGAUACGCACCUAUCUAUAUGGGUCUCGGUCGACCCCAUACAGCCACCAGACGAAGCGCAGCAGACGGCGGUACGAUCCAUUCUCGACCGCGCCGCUCGGUGGUGCCCUCCCGGUCGACAAGCGGAGCUUGACCUGGCAGAAAUGAAGGUCCUGCUCGCGAUGGAUGGGAUCAUUUGGGAUCUGUUCAAAGCGCACGCUACGCCUGGAUCGGGGAGUCUGCAGAGUCUCGAGGGCGCUUCGGCGGCUUUAUCCCGGCUGCUGGACUCGCUGGAUCAGCAGACCCCGGACGAGCCGACUGUACGGGCUGAGAUCAUCAUGACACUUGCGGAGUGCCACAUCAAAGUCGCCAAUCGGAGCAUCGUCCUCUCUACCCAGCUUCCACCCGGCCCCAAUCCCCUCGCUCAGCAGGCGUGGUUCCAUCACUCCCAAGCCAUCACCUUCCUCACCAAAGCGCUCGAGCUUCCAAUCACUGCGGACACGCCAAGGGAGUUCCGACCCAGCGUUCUGCUAGAGCUGAGCAAGGGGAGCUUGGCUCGGGCUAGGCUGGCACCGGUGAACGAAACGGCCAAGAGCAACCUUCUGCAGCUCGUCACCAACGCUACCACCUAUGCCGGCCGGGCAGCGGAGGGACUAGGGCUUCCCUGGGUCAAGAUCGACUCAGGUGCUGCGGCAAAGGCGGAGAUACCUGCGCCUCGAGGGUGGGAUAUGGAGGUGCUGGGAAGGGAGACUAUCCUGCAGCAAAUUCGGGUCUGCCUCUUUGCUUCCGAGAUGGAGUUGGCGAUGGCGAACAAGGGGAAGCUCAACGAGGGGAUGGCGCGUCUCUUUGGUCUGCUCAAGCAGGUCGAAUCAAGGAGGAGAAUACAGAAGAGGGAUGUCGAGCGAUGGGUCGGCGAUCUAGAGGAUGAGGAGGUGGUGAUCAGCGAUACGGAACGGGGAUGGUGGGAGAAGGUAGUGGCUGAGCUUGGCGUGUGA